GCCGCCGCCACCGCCCUCCGUGCGUCCUAGCGCCUCUGCUCCCAGGAGCCGGGCUCCGAGUUCCAGCUCGCCGGGUAGAGCCGCAGCCAGCCAGUAUGUCGGGGGUCAAGAAGCAGAAGACGAGCCAGCAGAAAUCCACCAAUGUCAUCUAUCAGGCCCACCAUGUAAGCAGGAACAAGAGAGGGCAGGUGGUUGGAACAAGGGGCGGGUUCCGAGGAUGUACCGUGUGGCUGACAGGUCUCUCCGGUGCUGGAAAAACAACCAUAAGUUUUGCCCUGGAAGAGUACCUUGUCUCCCACGCCAUCCCAUGUUACUCCCUCGAUGGGGACAACAUCCGUCAUGGCCUCAACAAGAACCUUGGAUUCUCUCCCGGAGACAGAGAAGAAAAUAUCCGGCGGAUUGCCGAGGUGGCCAAGCUGUUUGCUGAUGCUGGUCUGGUCUGCAUUACCAGCUUCAUUUCUCCUUUCACAAAGGAUCGUGAGAAUGCCCGCAAAAUCCAUGAAUCAGCGGGACUGCCGUUCUUUGAAGUAUUUGUGGAUGCGCCUCUGAAUAUUUGUGAGAGCAGAGAUGUAAAAGGCCUCUACAAACGGGCCCGAGCCGGGGAGAUCAAAGGGUUUACGGGUAUUGAUUCUGAUUAUGAGAAACCUGAAACUCCUGAGCUUGUGCUUAAAACCAACUUGUCCUCAGUGGGUGACUGUGUCCAGCAGGUAGUGGAACUUCUGCAAGAGCAGAACAUUGUACCCCAUACUGUAAUCAAAGGCAUCCAUGAGCUCUUUGUGCCGGAAAACAAGCUCGGCCAGGUGCAAGCUGAGGCUGAAGCUCUCCCUUCGUUAUCAAUUACCAAGCUGGAUCUUCAGUGGGUCCAAGUUUUGAGUGAAGGCUGGGCCACUCCCCUCAGAGGUUUUAUGCGGGAGAAGGAGUACUUGCAGGCUUUGCACUUUGGCACUCUGCUAGAUGAUGGUGUGAUCAACAUGAGCAUUCCCAUCGUACUGCCUGUCUCUGAGGAUGAUAAGACACGGCUGGCAGGGUGCAGCGAGUUUGCCCUGACAUACAGUGGACGGAGGGUGGCUAUCUUACAAGACCCUGAAUUCUACGAAAAUAGAAAAGAGGAGUAUUGUUCCCGUGUGUGGGGGACAACGUGUGCAAAACACCCCCAUAUCAAAAUGGUGAUGGAAGGUGGGGAUUGGCUGGUUGGUGGAGACCUUCAGGUGCUGGAGAGAAUAAGGUGGAAUGAUGGGUUGGACCAAUACCGCCUGACACCUCUGGAGCUCAAACAAAAAUGUACAGAAAUGAAUGCUGAUGCAGUAUUUGCGUUCCAGUUGCGCAAUCCUGUCCACAAUGGCCAUGCUCUAUUGAUGCAGGACACCCGCCGCCGGCUCCUGGAGAGGGGCUACAAGCACCCGGUCCUCCUGCUCCACCCUCUGGGUGGCUGGACCAAGGAUGACGACGUGCCCUUGGACUGGAGGAUGAAGCAGCACGCAGCUGUGCUCGAGGAAGGGGUUCUGGAUCCCAAGUCAACCAUCAUUGCCAUCUUCCCAUCUCCCAUGUUAUAUGCUGGCCCCACAGAGGUCCAGUGGCACUGCAGGUCCCGGAUGAUUGCAGGGGCCAAUUUCUACAUUGUGGGCCGGGACCCUGCAGGAAUGCCCCACCCUGACACCAAGAAAGACCUGUAUGAACCCACUCAUGGGGGCAAGGUCUUGAGCAUGGCCCCUGGCCUCACCUCUGUGGAAAUCAUUCCAUUUCGAGUGGCUGCCUACAACAAAGCGAAAAAAAGCAUGGACUUCUAUGAUCCAGCAAGGCACAACGAGUUUGACUUCAUCUCAGGAACUCGUAUGCGGAAGCUGGCCCGGGAAGGAGAAAAUCCCCCAGACGGCUUCAUGGCCCCCAAAGCAUGGAAGGUCCUGACAGAUUAUUACAGGUCCCUGGAUAAGGACAACUGAAUGCCCUUCGGCUCCAGAGUUUCUUUCUGAAGUGCUCUUUGAUUCCUUUUUCUAUUUUUGUGAUUAGAUGCUUUGUAUCCAAUUGCUACUCAAUGACUGAUUU